CGAUCAGUUUCAUCUCCACUACUAUAAAACACUAACCUAAUAUACUUCUCCCAUCCUCACACACACACAGAAAUAGUCAAAUAACAAGAACAACAAAACCAAAUGGCGAAUUACGCCAAAUCCACCAUCAGAAAAGACCAAUUUGCUCUUUUCAUCACAACUCUUUUUUUCCUAGCCCUAACCGUUUCCAAACCUGUAACCUCUCAGAAUUGCGGCUGUGCCUCUGACUUCUGCUGCAGUCAAUGGGGUUACUGUGGUCAGACCGACGAUUACUGCGGCGAUGGCUGCCGUGAAGGCCCUUGCCAAGGUGGUGGUUCCGGUGACGGAAACGGUGGCGGAGGCGGAGACGCCGUUUCGCUUGAAGGAACCGUGACACCUGAGUUCUUUAACUCUAUAAUAAGCCAAGCAACAGGUAACGACUGCGCAGGUAGAGGGUUUUACACUCACAACGCCUUCAUUGCUGCAGCCAAUUCCUACCCGAGCUUCGGUUCUUCCAUCUCCAAACGCGAAAUCGCUGCUUUCUUCGCUCACGUUACCCACGAAACUUCAUUCAUGUGCUACAUUGAGGAAAUCGAUGGACCAUCCAAAGCCGAGAACUACUGCGACAGAGAAAACACAGACUUCCCAUGUGCACAAGGAAAGAUGUACUAUGGUCGUGGUCCGAUCCAGCUCUCUUGGAACUACAACUAUGGUCAAUGUGGGAGAGACUUGAACGAGAACCUAUUGGCUUCCCCAGAGAAAGUGGCUCAAGAUCCGGUUCUUGCCUUCAAAACCGCUUUUUGGUUCUGGACCACUAAUGUUCGCGGGAAAUUUAACCAAGGCUUUGGGGCCACGAUUAGAGCUAUAAAUGGUAUGGAGUGUAACGGACGAGAUUCUGCAACCGUCAACCAAAGGAUUGGAUACUUCCGAGACUAUUGUGGCAAGCUUGGAGUCGAACCUGGAGACAACCUUUCUUGCUAAGGAUUUCUCACUAUGCAUCCGAAAUAUAAGAAUAAGAGAUAACAUAAAGAAAAAUUAAUACAUAUAUAAAUCAUAUGAUACUAUUAUUGUAACGACAUGAACGACUUUAACUAAAUGAGUCGAUUGCGCACUGAACUUAAUGAACCGUGCCAAGAAACCAAGCAGAGCGGUAACC